AUGAACACGCUGCUUGCGUUCCGGUACGAACGCCGAUUCGCUGCCGGCGACGGUGGGAACGGCAUGCCCGCUCUCAAGCACGGCGCAGAUGGGGAAGAUAUUGCAGUACGGAUGCCUGUCGGAACGCAGGUUUGGGAUGCCGAGUCAAGGAGUCCUCGCCUGCUCGCAGACCUGACUGAGCAUGGCCAGAGGGUUGAGCUUGCUCGCGGUGGUGGUGGAGGACGCGGCAACUCCUUCUUCGCAUCGCCGACGAAUCAGUACCCGCUUCUCGCCGAGCAGGGUGAACAGGGAGAAACACUUCACCUGCGGCUUGAGCUGAAACUGCUUGCCGACGUGGGUAUCAUCGGGUUGCCGAAUGCGGGCAAGUCGAGCCUGCUGUCGGUUGUAAGCGCGGCGCGGCCCAAAGGUGGCUAA